UCGUGUGCAGGUGCAAGAGAAACUAGCAGCAGCCAACAACUACUCCCUCAGAACAACUCAGUGCUGAUUAUUCCAAUCCUUAUGAAGAAUUUGAAAAUGAGUAAACAAGGCACAGGCAAUCGUUUAUCGAUGAAAUCUUAUGAUGAAGAGAACGAUGGUGAGAAUGUCAUCGGGAAGAAUGACAUUUGUUUUGAAGGAUACUUCACAAAAUCACCACCAAGCAAGCGGAUUGGAAUUCAGACAUCAUGGAAAAAAAGAUACUUUGUGUUGACAGCAAAGGACAAUCAGCAUACCUUGUAUUACUUCAAAAACCAAGAACAGUGCAGAAAAUUGCCUCCACAUGGAAAAAUACAUAUCGACAAAACAACAGUGUUAUGCCAUGGUUUGGACGGUCAUCCAAAGUGGACUAUAAUUCAAAAACUGUUUAAAUGUACCUCCGAGUCUGUGGUUUUGCUGAAGACAGAAGAAAGAGAUUAUUUCCUUAUUGGAGAAAUAAAAACUGCACAAUUAUUGCAAGGCGUAAUUGCAAGUCUGCUUCACAUGAAGACAAUUCCAUUACUUGAGGAACAAUCCCAGAAUAACCAGAGAAAAACUAACUGGAUUAAUCCAAAACCACAUGUUGAAUCUGCUUCAUCAGAAAUGGACUCAUCUAUUUAUGAUAAUCCUAGAAUGAUGGUUAAAAGAUUUUCCCAGCCCAUCCCAUCUCCAUUUUCUUUCGAAAAGCCACGCUCUUUAUCACUGCCUCUGCCUCUGCAACUUGAGGACCCUUCAAAUAUUUAUGAUACACCAAGGAAUAUUCUAGCAGCUAUACGUCAACGGGAAAAUGAAAGGCCGGAAUCACAAGACUCUGGAAUCUACAUGCCCAUGGCUUCAAUUCGCAGCAGUACAAGCACCAACUCAUCUUUCGACUGUUCAGAACAGAUUGACGAAGAAGAAGAAAAUUUUACCAAGAGUGGUGCAUUUGUGCCAGAUGAUAUCCACCUGAAUACACAUCAGCAAUGUCCCCUGGGAUCAUCACUUCGACAUGCUGCCAGUGAGGAUUCCAAUUUGUUAAACGAGAAGAGAAAGGAGUUAACCUACCAGAAAACAUCUCUCAGCAAUGUUAGAGAAGAACCAAAGCUGGAGAAACUGGAUGUUAUAGUUCACCGGAAUGAUAUGAAAAACAAUCUGUCAAUUCAAGCAAGUCAGAAAAUCUGUGUCAUGUCUUCAGAUCAGAACUGUGCUCUGAAAUUCGGUGAUCAAAUCUUGGCGAUCAACAAACUUCAGAUCAAUGGCGUCGAGGAUGUCCACAUGUUUGUCGACAAAUUGAUAGAAGACAAGAUGAUAGUUACCAUAUUGCGACUAUCUGAACCACCACAACUCAAGGAGCAUUAUUGUGAAAUGAAAAAAUGAAGAAAACUAAUAAGAUGGUUGUAAUUUGGAGGAUGUAUAAUCAAAGUACCAUUGGUCAUGGAACUGUCAAUGUUCAAUAUUGAUCAAGUCAAACCAUCCAUCAGGAAUUCAUCUGCAUUUGUUCUUAUACUCCUUCUUCAUGACCUUUUUUAAUAUUUUAAAUUACUAAAGUGGUGAAGAGUGGCGUUGAAGAGAUCUGGGAAUCUUCACGGUUCUUCAAGCUGUGUGGUCAAAGGACAUAGAGAUACAACAAAGGUUUAUCAUCUGAGCCAUCUCAAGCAUGCUGGCAUUUCCCUGUUUGGUCUCCAAACAACUGCUAAGAUCAAAUAUAAUACAGUCUUCAUUAGCAUUUAUCAACCCUCAGUGAUUUCUGGCUAGCAACUGUAAAGUGUUCUAUUUAGCCAGCUGGGAUUUCAAGAAGUAAUCCCAGUGCAUUAUUUGAUUAAUUAAAAGACAAUUUAAUAAUUGAAAGACAAAUUGUGAUGCUUUUGGUGAGCAUUAUGAACAUAUGUACAAAUCCAUUGUAGAGUGCUUGGCAUGAAUUUUUUUUGUAUUGCUAUUUAUUUUUAAAGGACAAAAUAGAAGAUGUAUUAAUAUCAUUGCUGCUACAAUAAUUUGUCCUUCAUUUGAAAGGCAAUUAUUAUUACUACUGGCAUGCACUUUUUACAUAUCUUAGAUAUUAUUGUUGCAAAAUAAUAAUAUUCAUUCAGGCUGAUUUAGAUGCAAUAAAUAGUCACCACUCUGCUAAUUACAUAAAUAUUAGUUGAUAAGUGUAGCAUCUUUUGAUUUUUAUUCAAAUUUAGUGAAGGAUAGAUUUAAUACUUGAAUAUUGUUUUUGCUUCUUUAAGUUGGCUUAAUGCUAUAACUUUCAUGCCACAUUUUAGAUUGCUGUAACUUAAAAUAGUUACAAGGCACACAGGUUAAUACAUGCACUACUGACUCUAUGGCUGCUCAACAACUAGAAGGGAUUUUUUUUUUGGCACUGACACUGAAACCAAGCCAGUCAGAACUCCAUGCUGAUCAAAAUGUGGAUAUCAGUUCUGAAUACUCCAUGUGUUCUUUCUUUCUUGAAGUUUAGAAAUAUAAUAACUAAAAAGAAAGGCUUUAUGACUUAACCAAUAAAUUUAUCAGUUUUAAAAACUUUACAUUUUUCUUCUUUUGUUUUAAAUCUGGUACAUAUAAUCCAUCCUGACUCUUUUUUGAAAUGUUGAGGAAGAGCGGCAUUGUUCAAGGUGGUAUUGUUGAAGUGAGAUAUUGACAUACCUAUAAUCUCGGGUGCACAUUGAUUGGAUUUAAAUAUUGUCAGACUUUUCAAAGUAGUUUUCUAUAUCCUGACCAAUAUUUCUUGAACCAAAAUUACUUAAAUGGGCAAAUUGGUCACUUUUUUUUAAUAUAAUGUUUGAGACUUUGUGCACAAAUUGAGCAGAGUCCUUCCCUAGAAAAUUGCCUUCUGAAAUGGAAUCAAUUGUUGAUAGUGAUCCACUUUGCAAUGUUCUGAAUCAAUGAAAGGUGGUAUGUAAAUUGGAAUUCUUUACUUUCUAUUAUUCCUAUAACAUUGUUUGUUGCCAUUGUACUUCAAAAUGACAUCUCAAAUAACUAAUUUAAAAGAGCAUAAUGCUAGCUACACUUCAGAACUCUGUGUGCAAGAAAUGUUACUUGAAAAUAUGAAAUAUAUGUGACAUCAAGGCUAUUGCAUUAAUGAUCAAAUUACUGUUAUGUUUUCUGUAAGUAACAUUCCAGCGGCUCAGUUAGACUGAGAUGUAACCUAUUGUAACUUGUGAACAAGUAUUGAAAAUUGUAUUCAUGAAUCCAUGAUAUCAUAAAAGGUGUGGGUUCAGACUGAGCAUUGAGGAAAUGCUACUACUGUAUAUAAUAUAAAGUAUCAGUUAUAUUAAAAAAUAUUUUUUAU